AGCUGAACUCUUGCACGUUUGUAAAUAUCUGUGGCAUGAAAAUGGCUUCGGGAAGUUCCAAGUCUAAACUGAAAGUGUCGCCAUCAGAAAUGGAUUCCGUGACAUGUUCAAUAUGUUUAGAUAUAUACGAGAAGCCGAUGAAAAUAGCUUGUGGUCACAGAUUUUGUGAACAUUGUAUAAAGCCGUAUAGUUCGCUCUCUCAGCCACAGUGCCCGCUAUGUCGUCAACUUUUUGACCCAAAGUCCACCCGGAAAGACAGUGAUCUGAAGAAAUUUAUCAGUUCUAGCAAAGGACAGUGUACAUGGUGUGGGAAAGAGAUGAGUCUGUCCAAACUUCGAUCUCAUUCAUCGUCUUGUUCUAAAAUGGACAAAUCUGUUCCCCAUUUUCAACCAGUGGCACACACAAGCCAGCCCAUCCCAAACGAUGUACCAAACCGCUCCACGUUUCAGUGCCCAUACUGUGGUCUGAAGAACCUUGAUACUCAUGGCCUUGUAAAGCACUGUAAUGAACAACAUCAGAGUGGACCAUCUCAACUUACAUGUCCAAUUUGUUCAGCCAUGCCUUGGGGUGACCCCAACAGGAAGAGCAGCAACUUUAUACAACACCUAAAUCUGAGACAUAAAUUUGAAUAUGAUACAUUUGUGGACUUUGCUCAGGACGAUGACACAAUGCUGCAGGCAGCAUUACAGGCAUCAUUACAGGAAUUUUCUUAACGUGGAGGAUGACAGGUUGAAGUAUAAGGUGGUUAUCUCUGGGCCAUCAUCUUAACAUCUGCCCAAGGUUGUUAAAGAAUAUAGUCAUACAUCUUAACAUAAGUACAUAAACAGCUUAAAAAUUCAAUGGAGAAAUGCAAGUUUUAAGCUGUGUUACAUAGUUUUUGUUUUUUGUUUUAUGUCACAGUUUUCAUGUGGAACACAUAAGUACCUGUAUUUACUCCCAACACAUCAACCAAAUGUUGCCUGAAAAGGUACUUGUAUAUCUUAUUCUCCACAGAGCAGCUGUAACAAUCAAUUUUCCUGGUUUGUAUCAGUCUUUUUUUAGUUUGUUUUCAUAGCUUACAUGUAUGCUAGUGGGGAAGAAAUUUAGUGAAUCUUUUUUUAGGGUUUUGUUGAUUCUGAAUGUUUGCUUUUAUUAUGAUAUGAUUUUAGAGACUGUGUAGAGGAAGUAUUUAAUUAUAUAAUGAACCACACUACUUCCUUUGUUAUUAUUGAAAUGUUGAUACUGGUAGCAAGAUAACGUGUGAUGCUAGAACACAUUUUGUGUAUACCUCCUGGUCUGCAUUGUAGUCUCUUGUUUGUACACGAUUAUGUGGGAUUGAUUUGUUUUAUUCUCCUUAUUCAUAUUUUUUAUGACCAAAUCAGUUUAAUGUAAGAAUGAAAAUCUUGAAUUGUCUUCUGGGACAUGUGUUUCAUGAAUCAUGUGUUAAACAUGUAAUUGUCUCAAUUGUCUAAAAUGUCAAAAUCAUACUAUCUUCAGUGUUUCUGACAGGUUAGGUGUUUGUACAAUAUGUAAUAUAUAAAUAGACCAUAAGCCCAGUAUUAGAGAUAGAUUUGUAAUGCGAACCUAGUCACAUUAAUCACCAAUAUGUCCCAUAUAUAGGCCUGUGUGUAGUUUUAGAGUUCCUUUGAAUCAGGAAUCAGGAAGAAAAGAUUCCACAUUUAAUGUUAAUAUUCCUGUGAUUUCUAUACACUGUUUUAUUUAAUAUGAUAGCAUAUGAAAAUAUAAUAUCUGAGGCACUUCUACAGCUUCACCUUGGUAUACACAUGAGUGUAGCUUGGGUAGAGAGAGUAUAUCAGUUUGAAACAGUAAAAUGGGUGCACUGUUUUGUAAAAAAGAAAGCAUAAAAGGAAUGGAAGCAGUAAAGAAUUUUCUCUAUGAACUUUAACUUGUUUUUUUUUUAUAUAGCAGUAUAGAUAGCUGUACAAUGAUCAUUGCAUCUUUGAAGUUACAUAUUCUUCUGGUCUUGUCCUAAGUAAUGAAAGAUUGACAUCCCCUAUGCACUUUUAACAAGCAUUGCAAUAAUGAGACAAAUUUUCAGUGCUUUUAUAAUUCAAGGUUUUUAACAUGAGAAAACUUAGAUAAAAGUUUUAACUCAGAAGUGAUUGUGAAUUAUAAAGCCACAUUGUGAUAUUACUUAAUUGUUUGUGGAUCAUUACCUAAGGCUCUUGCUGCCUAAAGCUUAGUGCUGUCAUUUUUAUGGGUUUUUUUGGGUUUUUUUCAUUUGUUUCGAAUUUAUCUCUGAACUGUAUGUGAAAGUAUUGUAUAGCUUACUCUGUCUAGUAUUUGUAUAAAACUCUAAAAAUGUAUUAUAAUGCAAACAAAGUGUAACAAAAACACAAUAAUAUUAUAAAGCUUCCAAUG